AUGAGAAUCCCCUACGUGCCCGACCCGCCUCAGCCCUCCACGGCCGAGGAGACGCAAAUCGUGCAGCGCAUCCAAGCCCGGCGCGCGCCGCGGCCCCUUCAACCGCUCGACCUGGCCCUCCUGCACUCGCCCCCCCUCGCCGACGGCUGGAACUCCUUCCUGGGCGCGGUCCGCACGCAGACCUCGCUGGGCGACGACCUCCGCGAACUCGCCAUCUCCCGCGUGGCAGUGUGCAACGGCGCGUGGUACGAGUGGAAGCACCACGCCCCGCUGGCCGCGGAGGCCGGCGUCAGCAAGGAGGCCCUCGACGCGGUCAAGACCGAGGGGCCGCUGGGGCGACUAUCGCGGCCGGACGUCUUGACCGAGCGGCAGUGGGCUGUCUUGGUGUACACGGACGAGAUGACCCGGAACGUGCACGUCAGGGACGAGACGUUUGGCAUGUUGAAGGCACUAUUUAGUGACAGGGAAGUUGUCGAGAUUACGGGAACAGUUGCCGCAUACAACUGUGUAAGUCGAUUUCUCGUGGCGCUCGACGGUAAGUCAAUAUAA